CACGAGCCCUGCUCGUGCUUUCCCUGCUACUUGUUCACUACCCUAUGGUCGAAGUGAAAGAGUGAUAUCUCUGAGGGCGAUCUCUUACCGCUCUCGAUACUGCAGCCUUUCACUGUGCACCUGCCAUAAGCCCUGAUAUCGUACACAAGCGCUAAAUGCUCCCUCCUACUUCAGUGAUUGCCCACUCAACUACACUUCGGUUUCUCCAAGUGAUUCAACAUGGCCACUGAGACCAGGAUCGUGAAACGUAAGCGCUCGCUGAAUGAGCCUGCCGUCGUAAGCCCUCGAAAGAAAACACCAAAGGCUGUGGUGAAAGCACCAGCAACGAAAGCGCCAAUAACGAAGACAGCGAGGACAAUGCCGGCAGUAGAAGCACGAUCAAUAUGUCCGCUGAUACAGACACUCCGCCAAUAUGGACUGAUGGAGAUCGUUGCCUCCUGCCUAGGUCCCAGCGAUCUGUUCUCACUGGCACUCUCCUGCAGGGCAGCCUAUGAGGCUAUGAUCCCUCGUGCAGAAAGCCUCAACAACUUACUCAGCAAGAUGUCCUGCAGUGGCCGCGGCGUCAGUCUCCGGCAACGCAUACACGAGAAAUCGACUUUCUUUUAUGCGUUCGAGUGCACCGAAUUUGCACAGUGCCGGACGGCUUCGGGACGUCACAGCAUCGAAUCCCGCCCCUGUAUCAGCUGCAAACUCACAACUUGCGACGAGUGUCGCAUCCACUGCGUCUUUCAAUCCAUUCACGAGAGCCCCAGCGAUCCUGAAGAUCUUCCAAACUUCUCGGGGUUCGUAUUGCUAGAACAAUAUGAAGUCGGGAUCCUCAGUCCACGCCACCUUGACCAUGACGAAGCACUGCAUCCGCCUGCGUGGCAGAAUCGCGCAACAGAUGCCACGGCAGGACCAUAUCACGACCAAGGGUACCUCGACCUGCCCCUGCAGUUCGACGAGGUCGGCACACCAGAGAAGAUCAGCGAUGUGAUCAACGUGGACCUGGGCUACCACUCUCUCACCACCUGGUCCGGAAACUCGCAAUACGGCUUCCCAUCUCCCGUCCUACGCUCUCUCUGCAACACCACCGAGCAGCGGAUACUAUAUCUGUGCAAGCACUGCCUGACCGACGCAUCGGACGGCUACAAAGCACUCGAACCGCCGCUCCCAUACCUACCCUGGCUCGACACCCCCAUGGACGAGCAUCAUACACCUCUCAAACAGUGUCACUGCUCCCUGCGCAGCCGCAUCCUAGACCGCUGGCAGUGCGUCAAGUGUUACGCCAAAGAAGCGUCCACCAUCGAAACCCUCCAUAAUGGGGUGCCGGCGCCAAACAUUCCGCAAUGCGGAUGUGGGCGUCCCGCGGACAAGCCAGUGUGUAUGUGGUGCUGGGGCGAGAUUGCUGAGAGGAGCGAUCAGAGCGAAUUAAUCGAUGAUGCACAGGAGGAUGUACGUCCCAGGGCAUAGGCGUGAUGGGUACCUGAAGACGAGUGCGUGGUGGUAAUCAAGGUCGGCGAGCAUUGUGAGAGUGUGCAUCAAAGGCGAAAAAGCGAGUGGUGAUACCCCGUUUUGUUCUUGUACAAUGCUAUUGUAACAAUCUCGGCUCUUUGUUCUGUAUAAAGCGCAUAUAUUAGUAAUUAUGAGAACGAUCUGAACGUUGUAUG